UUCAGACCCAAUACAUACAUACACUUCAGUCUGUAUCUAUAUCCAUAUUUUAUGAAUAAAAUAAAACCCCCUUUCUAUCCCCAACCACUAAAAUAUCACAAAAAGAGGAGCAUGAGACAAAAAAGAUCUACACACAGGUUUUUUAUAGAGACUUGAGCACAUUUUUUGGGUGUGCUGUGGGGUUCAAACCAUCAUUUGUCUCAUGUGCAGAGCUUUUCACUUGAUCCAACUGCGUGUUUUGCGGUCUUUCGUGUUUUUAUGCGAGCCCAUCUCAUUUUCUGACCGAUUGAUCUGAUUUUUGGUGUUCAGAGGAGGUUUUUGGGCUCAAGGUUGCGAUUUUUAUUGUUUUUUCUUAUCCGGGGGGUGUUUGGACUGUGAGAUAAACAAUCAUGACUGUGGAGAAAAUAAAGGGUGACAAUGAAAAUUGUGAGAAUUUCCCAGUGGGUAUGCGUGUUCUUGCUGUUGAUGAUGACCCAAUUUGCUUGAAGCUUUUGGAUACUCUGCUUAGGAAAUGCCAGUACCAUGUUAGCACAACGAGUCAGGCGAGAAUGGCCUUGAAGAUGUUAAGGGAAAACAAAGACAGAUUUGACUUGGUUAUCAGUGAUGUCCAUAUGCCGGACAUGGAUGGCUUUAAGCUUCUUGAACAGGUUGGCCUCGAAAUGGAUCUACCUGUCAUCAUGCUAUCUGCGAAUAGUGACCCCAAACUUGUAAUGAAAGGAGUCACUCAUGGUGCUUGUGAUUAUUUGGUCAAACCCGUUCGAAUUGAGGAGCUGAGGAAUAUAUGGCAACAUGUGAUAAGAAGACGUAAGUCUGUGACUAGGAACGAGAAUAAGUCUGCCGAUCAAGCCAAACCUAAUCAAAUAGCGAGUGGAGAAGGAGGACAAUUAGGUGGGACCAUCCCAGGAGAAAACGCGGAUCAGAAUGGAAAAACGAAUAUUCGAAAGAGGAAAGAUGAAGAGGAUGAGAGUGAAGAUGGAAAUGAGAAUGAAGAUCCUGCAACUCAAAAGAAGCCUCGUGUUGUCUGGUCAAUUGAGCUUCACCGGAAGUUUGUUGCAGCUGUGAACCAGUUGGGCAUUGAAAAGGCUGUUCCGAAAAGGAUUCUUGACCUGAUGAAUGUGGAAGGGCUUACUCGAGAAAACGUGGCAAGUCAUCUCCAGAAAUACAGGCUGUACCUCAAACGAAUCAGCACAGUCGCAACCCAGCAGGCCAACAUGGCAGCCGCAUUCGGAGUAAAAGACUCACCUUUUAUGCGAAUGGGCCCUUUUGGUGGGCUUCCAAACGCGGCCUUCCCACACUACUCACCUGGGGCCAUGCUCGGGCGAAUAAACCCACCUCCGAACAUGAACCUCCGAAAUAUCUCCCCAUCUGCAUUUAUCCAGCCAAAUUCCUUUUCCGCCCUCAAUAAAAUGCACCCGGGCCUCGCAAACCCAAAUCCGGGCCAAAACCUUUUCCCAGGAAUCCAGCUGUCUUUAGAACUCGACCCAAACAAGCAAGUACCCAAUAAAUUCCCCGAGCAGGGAACAAUUGGUGGGCCCAGUAAUGUAAUAAACGGGAAUUUUCAGCAAACGAUGAAUAAUGGGGGUUUUGGGAUUGGACCCGACUCAUUUAGUGUCGGGAGUAUUGAGACAUCGGGUUUGAUGCAGCCGAAUAACUCAUUAAUUUCCGGGCAGCCGUUUCAGUUGGCUAUGAAUAGCAAUCGGGACAGUGGUUUUUCAGGUGAGGGUUAUGUGCCGAGUAAUUCUCUUGACAUGUCUGGGCCUGGGACCACUUUGGCUCUAGACGGUUUGAGUCAGAGGUGGGGUGAUCAACAGGGGCAAAAUGGUCAUUGCUUGAAAGUUGGUUAUGUUCCCUUGAACGGCAGCCAGAACGAAAAGUCGCAAGGGGGGUUUGGUGGUCGUGGUUAUGACGCGUUGGAUGAUAUGAUGAAUGCUAUGAUCAAAAGGGAACAAGAUGAAACGGCUCCAAACUGCGAUUUUGGGUUUGAUAGUUAUUCGUUCGGGUCAGGUGGAGUAUGAGUUCAAAGUAGCCAAGUCUUUCUUUCCCAUGGCUUGAUGCAAAAGGAGAAAACAACAUUUGGAACUUCUCAAUCAAUUAACAUCGGUCAAGAUAUAUAUAUAUAUAUACCAUGUCAUGUCUCUCUAGUUUCAUGGUCUCUGUAGGUGUUUGAGUUUGUUACUGUUAAUUUAUUUUCCUUUAAUCCAUAAGCUGCAAUUAGGAGUAGCAGUUUUAGUUGCUGUCUUGAGGAGAUUAAUAAGAUAAUAAAAUAAUUUCAGGCAUUCAACCACGUUUCUUUUUUUUUGGGCUUAAUGAGACUAACUAUUUCUCAUAUAUUGUACAUUUUUUUUAUGGCAAGUUACUCUAUUGUGUAAUAAAUACUUACCAUAAUCAUGUACUCGGAAUUGCAACCCUCUUCGUACCAAUCCGCCACAUGUAAAGAUCUCGUUUUUUCCACUAUGUAAUUCGUGAC